GUUUUUGAUAUCAAUCGCGGCCAAGAAAGAAAGAAAGGGGCGGGGUAUCGAGCGGCUGUUCUCAUUGACAGCCAGAUAAAUCAGGGAAAGUACCGAAUCUACAUGUAACAGUAAAGUAGGCAGUUUUAUUAACCAAUCUAACCGAAGUCAUUCCUUCAUUUCCCGAAACGCGACUAGCAGCUAUUUGUUUUUAGACUUUAGCUGUUUUUGUUGCUGACAAUGUCCACAUUCAACAGAGGUCCUGCUUACGGGUUUUCAGCGGAAGUGAAAAGCAAGAUUGCACAGAAGUAUGACUCCCAAAAAGAGGAAGAAUUACGAAUUUGGAUUGAAGACAUUACAGGACGGUCAAUUGGAGAUGACUUCCAGAAGGGCUUAAAAAAUGGUAUCAUACUGUGCGAGCUCAUCAACAAACUUCAGCCAGGGUCUGUGAAAAAGAUCAACCAAUCAUCCCAAAAUUGGCAUCAGCUGGAGAACCUGACAAACUUCAUCAAAGCAAUCACCACAUAUGGUCUCAAACCCCAUGAUAUUUUUGAGGCCAAUGAUAUUUUUGAGAAUGGAAAUAUGACGCAGGUUCAGACCACCCUCUUGGCUCUUGCUGGCAUGGCUAAAACCAAGGGUAGUCACUCAAGUGUUGACAUUGGAGUGAAGUAUGCAGAGAAGCAGGAGAGGGCAUUUGAUGAGGAGAAAAUGAAAGCCGGGCAAUGUGUUAUUGGACUACAGAUGGGAACAAAUAAAUGUGCAAGUCAAGCUGGAAUGAAUGCCUAUGGCACCAGAAGGCACCUCUAUGAUCCCAAGGCACACAUUCUCCCACCAAUGGACCAUUCGACCAUCAGCCUUCAAAUGGGAACAAACAAGGGUGCAAGCCAAGCUGGCAUGACAGCGCCAGGUACCCGUCGUGCCAUCUACGACCAGAAAAGUGGCACUGACAAGUGUGACAACUCCACCAUGUCUCUGCAAAUGGGCUACACUCAAGGGGCCAAUCAGAGCGGGCAAAACUUCGGGCUAGGCCGCCAAAUAUACAAUGCCAAAUACUGCCCCAAAGGUGUGCCAAGUGCGACUGGAGAAGGGGCUGAUGCUGGUGGCUACAUGGAUUACCAAGAUGAGGGGUACCAGGGUUACCAGGAUGAUGGUCAAGAUUAGUGAAAUGACCUAUCACAGGCUCUAAGGCCGAAUAUGGAGCUAAAUGGAAGUUAGCACUUCCUUGCAAACAAGACCCAAAACAUGCCAUUACACCACAAUAAAUGUGGUGUCUGUGGAAGAUAGUUGCUCUAUGAAAGUGACCAAUAUAGAUCAUAUCAGUAUAAUGAUGUUCUUUUUAUAAAACAGUAUGCUUUGUCCAUUUUAAGAUAGAGGCCUAGAAAACAUAUCACUUAAGUCUUGCAUUUAUUGAUACUUGUAUUUUAUAUGGUUCAAAUGACAGUCAUUUAAUUGCACAAUUGCUAUAAUAUUUAGAGUUUCCUUAAUUGUCAGUUUAGUUUUUAUUUUCUUCAAAUUGAUGAUCCCUUCUAAACACGAGUAGGAAAGGGGGUUACUGCACAGUUAUAUUCACAUUAUCUCAAAAUGCUGAUUUGUUUUUUAAUUUUUUUUAUUGUAUUUCUUUUAUAAUUUAGUUGUUCUGAAGAGAUUUGAUAUUAAGGAUUGACUAGAAAGAGUGUCAUAGGAGCCUGGUUCAGUAAUUGAAUAUAGAAUAUGCUCAGGGGUUCAAAAUAAUUUUGCUAAGUACUUUUUUCUUUUUGCUCAGUUGAGCAUGCAAAGGUGUGUUUUAGCAGUUACAGUUAAAGACUGCAUUUUAAAAUAAUGCUGAGUUCUGGUGAACUUUUACUGGAGUUAUGUGGUCCAUUAUCUUAUUUUUAUAGCCUAUUGCCCCACCGUUAUUUAAUCUUUUGGUUUUUAAGUUGAAACGAACAUAUUCCUGAGAUGCACUAAAAAGUAAGGUUUUACCUGUCAUUUCAGCAGCAUUUCUGCUUUUGAGGUCCCAAAUAUUAUACUUCCUCAGUUGAUGUGAGGAAAUGUGAAUGUAGUUUAUGUUUUGUAAUACAGUUAUUGUCUUAGACGUUAAAGUCUCUCAUGCAAUAUGACAUGUUUUCAAUAGGUCAUUUUAUCCUCCCUGUUAUUUGUCUCUAUUAGAUACUGUAUAACUUUAUGAAAUAUUUCUCUUUAUAGAGCCAGAUCAGGUUUUUAUUUAUUUUUUUCAUUAUAUUAUUGUGAAAGGAUAUUGAAGAACAACAUUAUGAGCCUUGAACAUUCCAAAUUAGGAAUUGGAGUCUUUUUAGGAAUUGGACUACUUUUCUCACUCAAAAGUAUUUGAAUAUUUGUAUAAAUGCCAGACGUGACCUUUUAUUAACAUUCCAUAUAACCAGUCAAAAAUCUUUUGCUUUUGUACAAGACAUGAACAUUUUAAAGUCUUCAUGGAUGGAUGUAGGUAGUAAAGAAUGUACUUGUAAUAAACAUUGUGUUAUAAAAAUA